GGACCUACUUUUAAAAGAAGUUAUUGAAGAUAGGAUGCUUGGCAGCAGGCCAGCCGGCGGUCGUGUGAAUAAAAACAAAGGAGAGAACGUGAAAACAAAUAUAAAGAGGGAGAGGAGGAGGAUGAAGAGGGGGUAGGGCAGUAUUUGGUUGGUCACGUGGCUAGCUCACCUUGGGUGUCCAAAUGUCUAGUCAGUCCAUCGUCCUUCUCCGUCAAUCUUUCUAUUCUCUCAACUCACAUUUCUAAUAUAUAUAUAUAUAUAUAUAUAUUUUUUUUUCAAAAAUGAAAAUCGAAAAUAAUUGAUACAUAGAUGGAGAUGUUGAAAAUGAUGGAAGCAAAACUGUCGAUGGAAUCCAUCAAUGCCGGGGUCCCGCUCUUGUCUGCCAAUAUCAUCUCUCUCACUGUUUUCUCUUUUGUUUCAUUGAUUCAAUCAUGAUUUCCUUUCUACUCACACUGUGCUGAAACAUGUGAGUUCAGAACAGCUGCUUAAUUGGAGUUCGUUUAUGUUUAUAUAUAUAAAUAUAUAUAUAUAUAUAUAUAUAUACAUGUGGGAUACUCUUGUUUCUGAUUGCUUCUUCUUUCAUUGUUCUAGGCAGAUUGAAGAUGGGAGACAAGGUCUAGAGCCGCUGCUGAAUUGAAUGCAUAUAUAAACAAAUCUUUCUUUUUUGGAGUUUAUUUGUUUGUAGAUACAUAUAUAUAGUAGAGGGUAGAGAUGGCUGGAAUGCUUCCUGGUGUGGAAUGUGCUCGAAGGAGACGAUUCCACCAGAGUGGAGGGUGCUCGGACUCUCCGACGGUGGCGGUCCACGGCUGCACAAGGCGGUCCUCUUUCUGUCUCUAUACAAGCAACCAUGAAAACCACCACGCCACUUCAAGCUCUUCUAUGCAAAGAAGCGUAUUGAACCAAGCAUACAGCGACGAGAAACUGGGAGGCGUGGCGAGAGAAGCCAAGGAAAGAUUGGAUGAGAGGCUGAGAACCCAAAGAAAAUCAGAACCCACAAGGAAUAAGAGCAAGGAAAGCUUGAGGAUAGUAGAUGGAAGAGCCAUGGUGGUAGGGGAACUGCAGACAGAGGUGUUUGGAUCAAAGAGGAGUGGUUCAAAGAGAUUCAGCUGGGGCAAGUUGAGCUGGAAGGCCUCAGACCAAGUGGAGUGCGCGAUCUGCCUGGAGGGGUUCAAGGCUGGCGAGAGCCUGGUGCACCUGCCCUGCGCUCACCGUUUCCACUCAAGGUGUUUGAUGCCAUGGCUGGAGACUAAUGCCCAUUGUCCAUGUUGCAGAAUGGGGAUCUUUGUUUCUUAACCAAAUCGUUCAAUACUUUUUCUUCUCCUUGAUUUCCCCUCUCUCUCUCUCUCAGGAAAGACAUUCUUGUAGUUUGUUUGGGUUGGUGAGCAGCAAGUUGUGAGGUUUGUCUAAGAAUCUACUAUCUCCUGUUGUAAUUAUUUUCUAAAUUUGUAAAAGGUAUUCUGGGUUUCAAGCAAGUACACAAGAAUAAUAAUCUUUAAUAAACUUACCCUUUCUAUGAUUAA